CUGGCGGGCGGGCGGGCUGGCGGGCGGGCGCUGCCCAUUCUCGGGAGCCCCCGGGGCAGGAGCGCAGCGGAGCCGGGGAGAGGCGGGGGCCCGCGCCGGCCCCCGGGGACACGGCGGGGAGCGCCCCCGGAGCGGGGCUGGCUGGCGGAGGAGCCGAGGGGAGCGAGCCUGCGAGCCUGCCCGCCGCCCGCCGCCUGCCCGCCGCCCGCCUCCUCCAGCCUCGGCCGCCGCCGCGGUAGCGGCGCCUGCAGCCCCCAGAAGUGAACAGCAGGCGACCCGGAAGGUUUGAGCUCGGGCUUCCCCGCCGGAGCGGAGCGAAGCGGAGCCCAGCCCGAGCCCAGCCCUCCUCGGCCGGCCGGCCGCGGCGGAGGCGGGAGGCAGGGCGGCCGGCGGGCAGCGGGGCGGCCCCGGCGGAGGCACGAGCGGAGGCGGAGGCGGCGCGGGCUCUCGUUGCAUCCCCGGAGCUGCCCGCGAGCAAGCGGAGCCAGGUCAUAGGGAACCAGUUUGAACAGAGGAGUGACAUGGUCAGAUCUGUGCAAAAGGGUCUGUCACACACACGGAUGGCCGAACCUCGUUUUAACAACCCCUACUUCUGGCCCCCUCCUCCCACCAUGCCCAGCCAGCUGGACAACUUGGUAUUGAUCAACAAAAUCAAGGAGCAGCUGAUGGCAGAGAAGAUCCGGCCCCCACACCUGCCGCCCACGUCCGUCUCCUCUCAGCAGCCCCUGCUGGUCCCCCCAUCCCCGGCCGAAAGCAGCCAGUCCAUCAUGUCCUUGCCCAAGCUGCAGCAGGUGCCGGGGCUGCACCCGCAGGCCGUACCCCAGCCCGACGUGGCCCUGCACGCCCGGCCCGCCACCAGCACCGUCACGGGGCUGGGGCUGUCCUCCCGGGCCCCCGCAGUUAGCACCUCUGAAUCCAGCACCGGCACGGGGACCAGCACCCCCUCGACACCCACCUCCACCAGCCAGAGCCGCCUCAUCGCCUCCUCCCCCACCCUCAUCUCAGGGAUCACCAGCCCCCCCAUCCUGGACUCCAUCAAGACAAUUCAGGGCCACAGCCUGCUGGGAGCCCCCAAAACAGAGCGGGGCCGCAAGAAGAUCAAGGCCGAAAACCCCUCGGGGCCGCCCGUCCUCGUGGUGCCGUACCCCAUCCUGGCCUCAGGAGAGACCGCCAAAGAGGGGAAGACAUACAGGUGUAAGGUCUGCCCCUUGACCUUCUUCACCAAGUCCGAGAUGCAGAUCCACUCCAAGUCGCACACAGAGGCAAAGCCGCACAAGUGCCCGCACUGCUCCAAGUCCUUUGCCAACGCCUCCUACCUGGCCCAGCACCUGCGCAUCCACCUGGGCGUCAAGCCCUAUCACUGCUCCUACUGUGAGAAGUCCUUCCGCCAGCUCUCCCACCUCCAGCAGCACACCAGAAUUCACACUGGAGACAGACCCUACAAGUGCCCACAUCCCGGCUGUGAAAAGGCUUUUACCCAGCUCUCCAACCUCCAGUCUCACCAGCGACAGCACAAUAAAGAUAAACCGUACAAGUGUCCGAACUGUUACCGGGCAUACACAGACUCCGCGUCCCUGCAGAUCCACCUCUCCGCCCAUGCCAUCAAACACGCCAAGGCCUACUGCUGCAGCAUGUGCGGGCGUGCCUACACCUCGGAGACAUAUUUGAUGAAGCACAUGUCCAAACACACUGUGGUGGAGCACCUGGUCACCCACCAUUCACCCCAAAGGACGGAGUCUCCCGGCAUCCCUGUGCGGAUCUCGCUCAUCUGAACCCAGGGCCCCCUCAGCUCUGCGUGUCCCCGCCCCCCAGCCUCCCCCGGCGGGCACAGAAACCACCAAUCAGAACACCCCACCCCCGAGCUCCCCCGCCCCGGGCCGGCUCCAGGAAGGAGCGCCAGUUCAGUUCAGUCCAAUUAACUGCUACGAGGCUCGGAAGUCUGGCCGGCUGCGGCAGGAAAGGCCGCAGGGGGAUUUUGGACAGUUUGGUGACAUCCAAAGACGAUUUCAGAGCACUUUGAACCUCUCUCUGUUGGGUUGUCUUUAGUUCAUCCCCUCCCUUCAUUGGGUUGGUUUUUCUUUGUUUUCUCUUCUUUCUGCUUCCUUUUUAAAAAAUAACAACAAAACAUAUUUAUUGGCCAAGAAGUUGGUGCUGCUAAAAUGGAAAAAUCAAAAGGAAAAUUGGACAGAUGGACACGGAGAACCACGGGGUGGGGGCCUCCCGCCUUCCGCUGGGCCGUGCCCAGGGGAGCAGGGGAGAUGGCAGAGACCUCACGGAAGUGCCCCAGGGGCCCCCUGGACCCAAGGGACAACUGUAGCCUCUGAAUGGGCUGGACUCCGGAGUCUAGGGCCAGAGCUGGAGCUGGCAGGAAGGGAGCCUGGAGCUAGGGGAGAGGAGCUGGGAUCGGAGCCCAAAUGCAGGGUCCCGGUUUUGCCUCCCCCAGAGCCCAAAGGCCUAUGGCCCAGGCAGGGCCCUAGCACGGACCUCCGUGAGCCCCCAACAUCUCUGGGACUUCCAUUCAGGGCCUGGGGAGGGGAGGGGAGAGGGGGCCAUAGGAGACUGAGAGGGGGCUUUGGCCUCCGCUGCCUGGUCCUAAGAGUGGCCCUCCCCUCCCUCUGACAAUGGUGCUCCCUGGGCCCUGUGACUCCUCUGAGACUCCAGUAGAGAAGGCCCCAGUCUACCUCCAGUGCUGGCUAGGAUGAGAAUCUUCCUCUACCUCUCCUGACAUUCCUGUCUGCUCUGGGCUGGGGCUGGGACCAGGGCUGGGUAGGGUGGGGGGCAGGCCAGUGGACUCUGGUGUCAGAAAGGGGGAGGGGCUCUGCAAGACCUCCCUGACCCUGGAGUAGGGGUGUGGAACCCUCCCUGAUCUGCCCAGUCACAUACCGUCUUCUCUACAUUGGGGACCUACUGUGUCCAGCUUCCCUGGAACUAUACCCAUCCUCCACCCCAGGAUAACGCUGGACCCCCCAGGAUGGGGAACAGAGCCCUAACUUUGGAGAGGAUGUUUGUGUGUCUUCCAUGCCAGGGUGAGGCAUAGGCAGCCAGGCCAGGCCAAGUCCCUGAAAGCUCACCAAUCCAGUGGCCAGGGGCCAUAUUGCAAAAUGGGGAGUGGACUCUUUCCCCCCCCAAGGUUCUCUGUCCCAAUAGGCCCUGGAGAAAUUCAGGCCUGGGGACCCCCCCUCCAAGUCCUCUGUACCAACGAGGCUUUGAGAGAACAAGCUGUGAGGGGCCUCAGUCUAUUGGGGAACAACAGGGGGGAAAGGCCGGGCCUGCCUCUGAGGGUUGGAGGGGACUGGCUCUGGGGCCUUGACACUCACCUGCCCCAGCCUGAGGCAAAUGAGAGAAGAAUUCUGAGUCACCUCCUCUUUCCCAACCCAAUAACAAUGGCACUUAUCACCCUGUGCUAAAGCCCAGGCCAGAGAACCCCUUCACCCCAUCCCCAAACCUCCAUCCCUGCAGGGUCCCUCAGGAGUGGAGGGGCACUGAGGAAAGCGGCCAGUCAGAAGGCCUGGCAGCCAGCCCCAGCACCCCCACCCUGAUCUGAAAGCCAUUCGUGUCUCCCCAUGUAUAUAGGAUCCAUGUACAGAGCCCGGAGAAGCCCCAACAACCCCCUCACCAGAAAGGAAAAAAAAAAAACCUAGACAAAAACUCAUCUAUAUCUUCUGUAUCUUUAAGUUCCGUUCUGAAUAUUAACUGUGUUAUUUUUAUACACUUUUUAAGCCUUAACAAUGUCAUUGUUUGACCAGCUGUUUGAUGCCCUUUGGUUCCACGUAUUUUUCACUGGGUUCUUUUCCCUUGUUUCUGACCCUUCGAUGUUGUAUGAUAACUCAGUAUUGUAGCCUUUUUGUCAGCAUGUUAAUACCCUGUAAAUACGCUCUGACACACCUGUUAACACCCCCUUUUCUUUUGUCUAUGGAACCUCCAGGCCACCGAAUUUAGAUCUAGUUCCCUUACUAAGAAAGAAGAACGGUUCCAGAUGUUUCAUUCUUUUGUCCGCUUUUGGGACCUGGCGUUGCAGGGCCAAGGAGGUGGGACCUCAGAAGGGAAAGUUUGCAUUAUGUUAAAAAGAACAUUUUUUUAAAAAGCAAAAUGUGGGGAAAAAAGCUAAUGAAAAAAAUUAAAAGCCCCAUGCUCUUUGUAUUUCUCUGUUGUGAAAAAUAAAACUGUACUACGACUGGGA